AUGUUAUCCAGCAUCGGACGCGCCGCGAUUCGACGCACCGGAGCCAGAGCUUUAGCACCAACCGAUCCAGUUCGUCAGGGCAUCUGGCAGCUUAAACAAAAUGGUCAACCAGAAUUCAAAGCCCCGCUGUCUGCUCCAGCUUGCACCUUUCGAGCCUUUGCAACAGCUACAAAAAGUACUACCAAACCUGCAACCACGAAGGCCCAAAAGCCAUCUACAAAAGCCACCAAGGCGCCCGUGAAGAAGCCUAAAAAGAAGAUCGCGUCAAAGGCGAAGCCGAAACCAAAAGCAAAGCCAAAGGCCAAAAAGCCGGCCAAACAAAAGAAGAGAGGUCUCACCGACCUUCAAAAGAUUCACCUGGAGAGAAGGAAAAAGGCAACUCAACUGAUUGAAUUGAAAGCCCUCGCUCUCUCCGCCCCUAAGCCUUUACCACACACAGCUUGGCAGGUAUUUUUAACAGAAACCAAUACGCUUAAGGGACCCAGCACACUGGCGGAGCAAGGCGAAAAGAUGAAAAAUGCCGGUGUUAAGUUCAGGGACCUCUCACCUGCUGAAUUGGAGUUCUACAAUCAUAAAGCCAACGAAGCGAAAAGUGCUAAUUUGGUAGAAUACAAGAAAUGGGUCCAGAGCUUCACUCCAGAUCAGAUCAGAUUGGCGAAUAAUGCCCGCAGAAUGCUUAACAAGAGGAUUUCAAAGCCGACAAGGCUUGUGCUUAUACAUGACGAUAGAAUUCCAAAACGACCAGCAAACGCUAACGGGCUAUUUCUGAAGGACAGGUACGCUAGUGGAGAUUUCAAGGGCAUCCCUAUGGGUGAGUCGAUGAAACUUGUUAUGGCUGAAUGGGCUGCGCUUCCGCCGGCAGAGAAGAAGGUUUACGAGGACCGCCGAUCUGCUGAGAGUCAACGAUACCAGCAAGAGUUUAAGACGGUCUUCAACCAUGAACCCGGUCGCCCUGUGUCAAAAGCUACUGCUUAG